GGGGUUUGGGUGUCUGUGAUUUAGGGAAGCGAGCAUGAUGAACCUUAAGGUUCAUACAUGUAUUUCUGUAAUAAAUACUCUUCACUGGGUGAGCAGUGUCUUGAUCUGCAUCAUCACACCUUCAGACGCAGUUGGAGGUAAAACACCGAAUAAACACUGCAUCCCCCAUUACUCCGCAUUUGCAGUAUUCGUUAAUCAACCAGGGAAUUGGGUCAUGACAUGUGAAAAUAAAAAUGGCGAGGUCGGAUAUGGAACGGUAUGCAGAUAUCACUGCAACGACAAAACUAUGAUACCUGGAAUUCGGCCUUAUCGCCAUAUGCAGUGUUGGAUGAUAUGGGAUACCAAGAAUUCAAUCGUGACCACUGCUUGGCGAGGAGGACUAGGGGCAUGUAGUAACGUUUUUUGUGGAAACUCUCCAUUGCUCUAUGGUGUGCGUGAGCCAGAAUAUUGUCAUCCACUAAGGAAUGAGGAGUAUGGAUAUAUUCUUAAUGCACUUUGUGAUUUUCGAUGUGCAACAGGUGGACUAAAUACUGUUGUUUGUGUUAAAAGAGAUCCAAAUACACCAGGGAGAAUAAAUCAUGGAAUAUGGAAGACUUGGGUAGCUCAAUGUAAACCUUACGAUUGUACUGCACCAAAUCUUAUGCCUGGCACAUUUCUUGAAAGCUGUGACAAGGAGAUUGAUGAAGCCAACAAUGUUUACAGAUUUAACACUACCUGCAAAGUGACAUGUGAUGAUUAUUCAUAUAAUGUGACACAUAGAAAGCCAAUAAGCUGUAUUAACCGCCAGUAUGACAUGGGUUUAUUGUCUGAAUGGUGGCCUGAACCACCCAGUUGUGUCAGGAAGCCUGUUUUAUGCGCUCCCCUUUAUGAUCUAAAAAAUCCAAUUGAAGAGACAUUUCAUUGUUUACAUGACAACGAAUUGGCAUGCAGACUUUCCUGUCUUGAAGGGCGUGCUGUUUUUGGCCCUCGAUUACUGACCUGUAAACAAACUGGUGACUUUGAUGAAUAUGGACUUAACGGUGUAUGGACAAGUGAAGGAUUUAAAGAUGGAAUGAUGCCAAAUUGCGUUGACAGAGUAUGCCAUGAUAUGUCUCAUUUCCCUGGAGGGGAUUUGUAUUCAUGCACAAGUAACAUAUAUUUGGUUGGAACUGAAUGUGAGUAUCAUUGCCCACUCGGUACAUACACCGUUCCUAAAGGUGAAAAAAUCAAAGUUGUUUGUGAAAAUGAUUAUCUGGAAAGUUACAUUCCAGCUUUUGAUGGCAUAGUGAGAGUGGAGUAUUAUCCAUGCAUUGAUAUUGUAUGUGAGGAAAUUCAAGUAGAUAAUAUUGAUGUUGAAGUAACAUGUACAAACACCAUUUAUUAUGACUCUCGCUGUAAUUUUGCAUGCAAAACUGGUUUAAUUAUGACUGAACACACUGAAGUUACUUGUGUAGAUUCAGAUGAUGAUGGAAAUGGAGAAUGGAAUCUAGAUUUUCCUGACUGUACUGGUGUCACAUGCCCUGAAAUUGCGCUGUCGUCGGGUUUGCAACUAGACUGCACAAAUUCUAAUAAUCUUGGAUCUUCAUGCACUUUCACUUGUGAUUCUGGAUAUAUUCUGACUUCUGAGCAAAACACAAUUACUUGUAUCGAUCCUGAUGAUGACAGAAGGGGAAGUUGGGAUUUAUAUGUGCCUGCAUGUAAAGGUAUAACUUGUCAAGAACUGGAUGAGCUUUCCAUUCCUGAUGACACCUAUGUAAGUUGCACGUCAUCAAAUAAUUUAGACUCUGUGUGCACCAUAACCUGCCCUGAACAAAUGUCACUGAAAGGUGCACCAGAUGAAGUGGCAUGCUUGGAUGAAGAUGGAGAUUCAAUUGCAGAAUGGAGUCGAGAGUUUUCACUUUGCACUUUGAUUGAAUGUGAACCUCUGGAACAAUCUCAGUUUACAAGUGAGACUUCAUUUAGUUGUUCUAAUGAAGCUGUCAUUGGCUCUGAAUGUGUCUUUCAGUGCCAAGAGGGUACCCGAUUACCUGUAUCUUCAACUUCAUUUUUUUGUAAGGAUAUUGACAGUGAUCGUAUUGCAGCUUGGGAUCCUCCUGUUGAAAGUUGUGUCUACUUACCUAUUGAGUGCACCAGCCAUUUGAGUGGACAUUCAGUUGAAUGUAUUAAUGCUAUUUGGAUUGAUGGUGGUUGCAAUAAUGACGGUAUUGAUGCUCCACCAAAGCUUUCUGCUAGUAGGAUAUCAGAAUUGGAAAACAUACCAUUAAGUGACAUGCUGCAGCAAUUUGAAGGUUUGAAAUCAAGUGCAGUUAAUGGGGAUUCAAUAUCGCAAAGGAAAUGCGUAGGAUUUGCCUAUCCGAAGACUUGUACCAAUCUUGAUGGACCCCAUACUGAUGCAUGUCUGAUAUCACUUUGGCUGAUUGCGGGCUGUUCGCAAGAGGGUACCAGACAUCCCCAGAGCCUCGCAAGUGCUCAACGUGAGGAAUUGAAUUCAAUGAGUUUAAGGAAUGUAAUUGAUGAUUUUAAUAAAACCUACGAAGAUGCAGCCAGUGGAAUUGAUUUAAAGCAACUCCAAUGUUAUGGAUUGGUCUUUCCUACCCAUUGUAUGAAUUACAACGGUCCACACUCUAUUGAAUGCCUUGAAACCAUAUGGCUGUCUGCAAAAUGUUUAGAAGAAGGAAAUGACUCUCCAGAAAAGAGAGAUGAAAUAGAAUUUACUCGAUUAAAUGGUUUGAAUUUGAGAGAUAUUAUCAAUGAAUUUAACAACACUUUUGCAUUGGCUGAUGGUGGAGAUGAAGACAAGCAGAUGUCCUGUUUUGGAAUGGUGUACCCCACAAGUUGUAUAAAUUAUUAUGGUGCUCAUAGCAUUGAUUGCUUAAAAACAGUUUGGAAUAGUGCAACAUGUACACCUGAGGGUUCCGAAUAUCCAGAGAAACUCAGUACUCCACAACAUGAAAAUUUGAAUAAUAAAAACUUGAAAGAACUAGCAACUUUAUUUAAUGCAUUAGCGCAAUCAGCAAAUGAUGGUAGUGAAGAAAAUCAACUCAAAUGCUUUGGAAUAGUUUAUCCUGAAAACUGUGAAAAUUAUUAUGGACCUCAUUCUGUCGAUUGCUUGAAGACAAUGUGGUUAUCUGCAAAGUGUACACAACAAGGAAGCAAAUAUCCUGAAAUUAGAGACACAGCUGACUUGGCACGUUUGAAUGGCUUGAAUUUAAGGGAAGUGUUAUUGGAGUUCAAUGAGACGUAUAAUGCUGCAGAAAGUGGUGAUUCAGCCAAUCAAGAUUUUUGUUUUGGGAUGGCAUAUCCCAUUAACUGUGCAAAAUACUAUGGCUCACACUCACUCGAAUGCCUUGAAACUAUAUGGUUGUCUGCAAAAUGUUUAGAAGAAGGAAGCAAAUAUCCUAAUAAACUUGAUGAGACAGAAUUGAACAGAUUGAAUGAACUGAAUCUAAGGGAAGUGUCUCUGGAGUUCACCAAUAUAUUUGAUGCUGCGGAAAGCGGUGAUGUAGAUAGUCAAGGCUAUUGUCUUGGAAUUUCCUAUCCCGAAAGCUGUGUUAAUUACUAUGGGCCUCACGCGCUUAAUUGUCUAAAUACAAUGUGGUUAACUGCAAAGUGUUUGUUGGAAGGGAGCAAAUAUCCAGAGAAAAGAUAUGAAACUGAUUUGUCUCGUUUAAAUGGAUUAAAUUUGAGAGAAGUCAUAAUAGAAUUCAACAAUACUUUUAUUUCUGCUGAAAAUAAUGACCCAGAUAAUCAGAACUACUGUCUGGGAUUAGUUUAUCCUGAUGAAUGCACAAAUUAUUAUGGUCCGCAUCCUGUUGACUGUUUGAAAACAAUUUGGUUCUCUGUGAAAUGUUUGGUAGAAGGAACCUGGUUUCCAGAGAAAAGAGAUGCUUCUGAGAUAGCUCGUUUAGGAGAUUUGGAUAUCAGAGAAUUAAUUUUGGAGUUCAACAACACCUUUAAUACUGCUGAAAAUGGUGAUGUCAAUAGCCAAGAGCAUUGUCAUGGAAUUUCAUAUCCUGAAAAUUGUCAAAAAUACUUUGGCCCCCACUCUCUAGAAUGUCUUGAAACGAUGUGGUUGUCGGCAAGAUGUUUGAGGGAAGGAUCUAAAUUUCCAGCUAAAAGAGAUUCUAAUGAUUUAUCACGUCUGGAUGGCUUAAAUAUUAGAGAAGUGGUCUCUGAAUUUAACUAUACAUAUCUUGCUGCUGAUAAUGGAGAUUCAAAUGAACAAACUUUCUGCUUUGGAAUUCUCUAUCCUUCAAACUGCGAGAAAUACUAUGGCCCUCACACUGUUGAAUGUCUCGAAACAAUAUGGUUGUCUGUAAGUUGCUUGGAAGAAGGCAGCAAAUAUCCAAGUAAACUAGAUGUGACAGAACUUGAUCGACUAAAUGGUUUAAAUAUAAGAGAAGUGGUAUUGGAGUUCAAUGACACAUUUGCUGCUGCUGAUGGAGGCGAUGCCAAAUAUCAGGAAUUUUGUCUUGGAAAAUCUUACCCUGUGAAUUGUGAAAAUUACUAUGGCCCUCAUUCUGUCGAGUGCUUGAAUACAAUUUGGCUGUCUGUUAAAUGUUUGGAAGAAGGAAGCAAAUACCCGGAAAAGCGAGAAUCUUCAGAUUUAACUCGAUUGGAUGGCCUAAAUAUCAGAGAAGUUGUUACAGAGUUCAAUAAUACUUUCAUAGCUGCAGACAAUGGAGAUCAAGAUAGUCAGAAUCUCUGUCUUGGAAUUGUUUAUCCAACAAAUUGUAUCAACUAUUAUGGACCACAUCCUGUUGAAUGUUUGGAAACAAUGUGGUUAUCAGCUCGAUGUUUAGAAGAGGGGACCAAAUAUCCUACAAAGCUACCAUCUGCAGAUUUGACUCAAUUAGAUGGUCUAAAUAUCAGGGAGGUGAUUCUUGAAUUCAAUGCAACAUUCAAUGCUGCUGAUAAUGGUGAUGCCGAUAAUCAAGAAUAUUGCCUUGGAAUUUGUGAGUAA